AUGGAGAGCGACCAAGGCGACCUGGCUCCGCAUGGCCACUUCAGCAAAGGAAUGAAGGGCUUGGUUGGCGAAAAGGGAGCACCGGGCCUGCCUGGAGACCGCGGCGCCAGCGGAAUCCCCGGCUCGAUGGGCCAAGUCGGCAGAAAAGGCAGGUCGCUCCUUCCCAUCCCUCAUCUCUCCUCACCUUCGCUCCUCCGGGGCAUGGUUGUUUGUCCCUUUUCACAGCCUCCCUUCAUCACAGCCCCUCCCCGACGCAACGGGCCUAGCAGAGCUGAAGUUCCCGCGCUAGAAUGA